AAAACCGAGCUCCGUCACUCAGACUUCUUCAGUUCAGUCUGGACCAAGCAGAGCUCACUCUUCUUCUUCUCCUCUUAUUUACACUGAAGUGAAGAGUCUGGAUUUAAUUUAAUUAAAUUUAACCACCAAUCACAGACGGAGACUAAAAAACACAAACAGAAUCACCCAGCUUCAUUCCUGACACCGUCUCUGCUCUGACUUCAGCCUUGAGAACAUCUACACCCUCAAGAACUUACUUCAGCACUGAUUCUGAAAUUACAGUUGUGGGGUUUUAGGAAUCAGAACAGGUUCUUGAACAUGUUCUGUGGUAAAAGUCGGAUCUAAACCAGGUUCUACAAUCACAGACAGAUCAGUUCUGAAGUUACAAAGUCUGUCACGGGAACGCUCGGGAGUUGGUUCAGGAGUCACAGCAAGCAGGGAAUGGGACCCAGGUCGGGUUCCAGGCCUUCACUCAUACCUGGGAUGUUUCCUGUGCUGCUGGUCGUCUGGUGUUUGGCGUUUGUAGCUCCAGUUGGUUGCCACAGUAACUUCUCAUCUGAGCCAGCCCUAUCAGAUCAGAUGAUGGCGGACCUGCCUGAUUUCUACAGCACCGACCCACCUCUUGGACCUGGAGUGGACCGUCUUAUCCAGGCCUCAGACCGAGAGCCACAUGUGGUGCAAGCGACUGCGAACAAGCCCCCGUCUUCCUCCAACUCAUCUCGGGCAGUUCACACACGCACAGCAUCGCCCCCAAAAUGUCACAGAGACACGUCUAUAAAAACAGCCUUUAAGUACAUCAACACGGUGGUGUCCUGCGUGAUCUUUGCUGUGGGCAUCAUCGGAAAUGCCACCCUGCUGAGGAUUAUCUACCAAAAUAAAAACAUGAGGAACAGGCCCAAUGCUCUCAUAGCCAGCCUGGCCCUGGGAGACCUGAUAUACAUCUCCAUCGACAUACCUAUCCACGUCUACAAGCUCCUGGCGAUGAGGUGGCCGUUUGCCGACAGCUCGUUCGGGCUGUUCCUCUGCAAACUCUUCCCCUUCCUGCAGAAAGCUUCUGUCGGCAUCACCGUCCUCAACCUGUGCGCUCUGAGCGUGGACAGGUAUCGUGCGGUGGCGUCCUGGUCUCGUAUACAGGGCAAAGGUGUUCCCACGGUAACGGCGGUGGAGAUAGUGGUGAUCUGGCUGCUGUCCAUAGUGCUGGCUGUGCCGGAGGCCGUCGGCUUCAACAUGGUCACCUUCAACUACAAGAACAUGAACAUGACGACCUGCAUGCUGCAGCCCAACACGCCUUUCAUGAGGUUCUACCAGGAUGCGAAGGACUGGUGGCUGUUUGGCUUCUACUUCUGCGUUCCUCUGGUCUGCUCUGCUGUUUUCUACGGCCUGAUGACCUGCAAGAUGCUCACACACCAGGAAGGAAGUCUGAGGAUCUCACUGAGCAAACACCUAAAACAGCGCAGAGAAGUAGCAAAGUCUGUGCUCUGCCUGGUGCUGAUCUUUGCUCUGUGCUGGUUUCCGCUGCAUCUGAGCCGCCUGCUGAAGUGGACCACCUACAAACCCCAUGAUGCACAUCGCUGCGACUUAUUAAAUUUCCUGUUGGUGCUAGACUACAUCAGUAUCAACAUGGCCACCAUCAAUUCCUGCAUCAAUCCCAUAAUCCUCUACUCCGUCUCCAAGAAGUUCAAAAACUGCUUCAAGUCCUGUCUGUGUUGCUGGUGUUAUUCUGGCUCUUUCUCUAACAGUAUGCUGCCUCUCAACCAUGGGACGAGUCUGCAGUACAAGCACACUGAGCACUGAGAGAGCGUGAGAGUCCGCAUCUUCAUCUGCAACACAACGCCAUGACAACGACCACACAACCCUGCACUGAGACACACACUGCUGUGUGACUCUGUUUAUACAAAGGACUAUACCAGUACACUAAUGUGUAGUUUUUACCUUUUUAUAACAUAUUUAUUCAGCUCUAAAAAUUAUAUUUUAUUACAAACUAAUAAUUGUGUGGUGAUAUGUUAUACACUAUGCGGCCAGAAGUAUGUGGACGGCUGUGUUCACGUGCUUUCUCGCAGGUUUUGGUCUGAGGCUGCUUCUGUUUGACUGGUGGAGGCUGUUGGAGCAGAUUACUGUCGGAAUCACAUGUUCACGUCCACUUACUUUUGACCACGUGGUGUAUUUAUUAUUGUGUUGUAUAUUUAAAAUACUCCCCCGCAGCUCUACCUGCACAGGGAGAAAACGUGUCUGGAGUUUAAAAACGCACUAGCACCCCCCAGAGGCUUGUUGUGUCCAUUACACCCCACAAUGCGAAGCUUUGUGGUGGACACAGCAUUCGUCCUCUGUGCAUCAGGAAUGUCCACAGCAGCUGCCACUGAAAUCUGUCAGUGUUUGUUAACAUGUCUUUUCAACGCCACCAUGACUUAAUGAAUAAUUAUUAUGAAUUAUUAGUGAAUGCUGUGUUUCCUGGGUCAUGCAUUUAUCAAUAAAGCUAUAUUC